GCUGCCUGGCGGCCCCGGCUCUCCCGUUUGAAAGUACCUCGUCGUUCCGCCGUUCUCGCCUUAAAUGGUUGGCGCUGCGCACCUCCCACGGAGGGACGAGUUAGACUCAGACUUGGCACUGGCGCGGUUGUUUGUGUAGAGCGCUGGGUAACCCAGAGAGAGCUGUUCCUUGCACUGCAUCCCUCGCCCUUUCCAGAUGUGAGCCUGUCACAGCCAGUACAGAGAAGGGCCUCCCCUUGUCUUCACUUGUCUUCAGGACACUCGCUUCUGCGUUCCUUCUACUUUGUCAAAAAAAAAAAAAAAAAAAAAAAAAAAGCCAAACCCAACACCCAGUCCACAAAAAACUUCUGUUGACCUAAGGAAGAGCUUGUGGCAUCUCUGUCUCUCCUUGCCUCCCAAGAUCCUGGCUGUGGGCUGGAUUUCCUAUCCUCGAGUUCAGGAUCAGCUACAGAGUUUGAGGAUCUUGGAUAUUUUUGAUUUUUAUUUUUACUAGAACCUUUUCAACCGAGAAGCUGAAGCUGUCACUGCUAAAACCCCGUUUUUUUUUCCCAAGCAUGUCAGAAAGCUGGCAGCAGCAACAGCAGCAACCACAGCAGCAGCCGCCGCCACCACCACCGCAGCAGCACCAUACUGGGGCCGCCACCCUUCCAGAACACUCCAUCCCACCGAGUACUGCUGAGAACCCCUUGGGCUGCGCCGUCUACGGCAUUCUGCUCCAGCCGGACCCCACUCUGCAGCACCACCAGCACGCUCCGAUCCAGGCUGGAGAGCCGUCCCACAAAUGCGGUGUGUGUGGCCAUGACCUCGCUCACUUGUCCAACCCCCAUGAGCAUCAGUGCUUGCCAGGCCAUGAUCGCUCUUUCCAGUGCACCCAGUGUCUGAAGAUCUUCCACCAGGCCACUGACCUCCUUGAACACCAGUGCAUCCAGGUGGAGCAGAAGCCUUUUGUGUGCGGCGUGUGCAAGAUGGGCUUUUCUCUCCUCACUUCACUGGCGCAGCACCACAAUGUCCACAAUGGCAACGCCAUGAAGUGCUCUAUCUGCGAGAAGACCUACAAGCCUCCCGAAGCGGAGCACUCGCAACCUCUUGACCCCUCAGAGAAGCCCUACAGCUGCUCCAUCUGUCAGAAGACCUUCAAGCAUCUUUCAGAGCUCUCCCGCCAUGAGCGCAUCCAUACGGGAGAGAAGCCGUACAAGUGCACGCUGUGCGACAAGAGCUUCAGCCAGUCGUCCCACCUGGUGCACCAUAAGCGGACGCACAGCUCGGAGCGGCCCUACAAGUGCACGGUGUGCGAGAAGACCUUCAAGCACCGCUCGCACCUGGUGCGCCACAUGUACGCACACUCAGGCGAGCACCUCUUCAAGUGCAACGUCUGCGAGCUGCACUUCAAGGAGUCGUCGGAGCUGCUGCAGCACCCUUGCACGCCCAGCGGGGAACGGCCGUUCCGCUGCGGGGAGUGCCAGAAGGCCUUCAAGCGCCCCUCGGACCUGCGGCAGCACGAGCGCACGCACAGCGAGGAGCGGCCCUUCAAGUGUGACCUCUGCCAGAUGAGCUUCAAGCAGCAGUAUGCGCUCAUGCGCCAUCGCCGCACGCACAAGGUCGAGGAGCCCUUCAAGUGCAACCUGUGCGAGAAGGGCUUCGUGCAGCCCUCGCACUUGGUGUACCACCAGCACGUGCACGGCAUAGAAAACCUCUUUAAGUGCAACGUGUGCCAGAAGGGCUUCAACCAGUCCUCAGAGCUGCUGCGGCACAAGUGCGUGCAGAACGCAGAGCGGCCCUUCAAGUGCGCAGUGUGCAACAAGUCCUACAAGCGGGCCUCGGCCCUGCAGAAGCACCAGCUGGCCCACUGCGCUGAGAAGCCGCUCAAGUGCACGCUUUGUGAGAGACGUUUCUUCUCCUCCUCCGAGUUCGUGCAGCAUCGCUGCGACCCGGCCCGUGAGAAACCCCUCAAGUGCCCUGACUGUGAAAAGCGGUUCAAGUACGCCUCGGACCUGCAGCGCCACCGGCGCGUGCACACGGGCGAGAAACCCUACAAGUGCCCCUCGUGCGAGAAGGCGUUCAAGCAGCGCGAGCACCUCAACAAGCACCACAGCGUGCACGCUCGGGAGCAGCAGUACAAGUGCAUGUGGUGUGGCGAACGGUUCCUGGACCUGGGCCUGCUGCAGGAGCACAGCGUCCAGCACACGGCUGAGGGCGCCUACCAGGUGGCUGCCUGCUUGCCAUGAGCCUCCUGCCCUUCGGCGGCUUUCAGCUUGCAUGUGAUGCUCCUGAGCCUCGGCCUUCCCUUCCCUCUCCUCGUUUGCAGAUGGCCUCCAGGGAGUUGUGGGGGAAAGGGGAGGUAGGGCGGGCAGUCGGGUAAACUUUCCUCUGGCCUCUGUGGUUGAUGUGCCACUUAUAUUCCAGGGGUGAUGGAUGAUGUGAAAACUUGUUCGGGGUGGAGAGGAAAGGAGGGAGGUGGGGAGAGGAGAUGAUGCCUGUAGUUGCCUGGUGUCCCGUGGACUGUAGUUCACACCGAACAUGCAGUUCCAGUGCUGAGAGCUGGCAGAUCUCUGCCCGGCUGCUCUCUAUGGACAGCAGCCCUAAUUGCGGGACCUCUUUCUCCUCUCUUGUCCAAUAACAUCCGUGGAGAGAGCUGGGUUAUUCUCCUCUUGGAGAGUGCUUGGGAACAAGGCAGAGCCAGCUCUUCCUUCUUUCCAGAUGUGCUGCUCAGCGUCAGAGUAGAAGUCCCAGCUUUGUUAGUCCAAGUUCAGUUGAGUGACUCAAGAGACCUGUUUCAGAUCGGUAGCAUGGAUUCACUGCCCUGACCUCCCCUUCUCUCCCUCUUUCUAGAGCGUAGGAAGGGCAAAGCCAUGGGGUUGCACAGGUCCAAAAUACACUUUGGCAUUGCUGCUUUUGCAGUCACUGGCUGUAACACUCUGCAAGGGUGUCGAGCAAGCCUGCCCGUCCCUCAUCGCUGCCCAGCAGCAAGGGGAAGAGUAACAAGCACUGCGCGCCGAGAGUGUGGUGAGGAGAGUCUCUGCGCUGUACUGGCCAAGAGCCUGGGGUUUGCAGUCUGCUUCUUGAAGGACCUAGCUCCCCUCUGAAGACUUACCUCCAAGCCCCUUCCCUCCUUGUUCCGCUUGGGCCAUUAGCGUACCUCCAAGGGAGCGGUCAAGCAAAGGGACAUCCUAGGAGCUGAACACUAAUGGGUGAGGCAAACACUACUAAUAAACUACAUCUACGGAAAUGAGCUUGGCCAUCUUCAACUAUAAGCCACGCUGUGCACCUUGGGCUUCAUGUCUGAUUUGCUGGGAGCAAAAUAGUUCUGUCCAGAGUGAGUAGGGAAGAGUCCCUCCUGGCCUGUGGGGUCAGUGCCAUGGGAAGGGGAAGGCUAGCAGGAGGUAAAGGAGAAGCGUAUUUUUUCCCCCUGUUAUGGGAGUCCCUUUUUAUCCUCCUAUUCUUUCUUUAUUUCUUCUGUAUUUUUCAGGUUUUGCACAGUUUCUGUAAACAUCACUUAAAAAUAAAUUUCCCCUUAGCAAGAUUGAUGCAGCCUCAGGUGUUUUCCUCUGCAGGGUUUUGCAGUCUUCUCAUGACCAAGAGCCUUUUAUAUGCCAGUUAGAUGCCUUCAGGGUUGAAGGAGUGCUUACUAAGUUGCCCACCAGCCUUCCCUUCUCCAUCCUCGCUGGCCCUCAUUUGAGCUGGGAGUGUUCUGGCUAGCUGUUUUACUGAGCAAUAGCCAAUAAAUUGUCCAUGUGCUGUCCAGGUGAUGAGGACAAGUUUAAUAAAUGUCCCCAGCACAUAUAGACAGAUUAACCUUGCAGAAAGUCGGGCUGUACCUCCUCUGCUUGUAGAGGACACUAAUCUGAAAGAUGGAGGAAGACUUUUUGUCUCCAUUUCCAGCACCGUCAGGAGGAGCAUUUCCACAGGGGGCUGGGACAGUUCAGUGACAGGUCUGACCCUGAGGCUGAGGCUUCUUCAUGUGCGGCUUUAAGGAGUUUAAAAUAAACCUUGCUCUCUGCUGACCAAGGGAAGGGGGGCGGAUGCUCAUCUUACUUCACGCUGCCUCAAAGAUGUAGAACUUCCUACCAAGUUUUUCUGUCUGCGUUUCUUUUUCCAUUUUUUUUAAGCAGUUUGUUGAUAAUUCAUUAAAAAAAAUCCUGUAUAGUUUAACUUGAUGUCAUACUGGAUCUUAAAAAAAAAAAAAAAAAAAAAGGAAAAGGAGAGAGAGAGAGAGACGUGGUAACCCGGAUUUUUAAAGACCUUUCCAGUUCUAGGUAGCUGGAUGAGUUCAAUGUGUGCUUAACUCUAGGAGUAAAGAUGAAUCGAAGACAAGGAAAGUGAACCUUGUCUUUAUAGAAGGGCUGGGCCUGGUGGUGCUGGAGGCCUCGCUGGUUGAAGUUUAGGUUCAGAGUUGGGGAACUAAAGCGCGUGUUUUCAAAGCUGGCCUCUCUUCAGCUCUGAAACCCCUCGGCCUGCUGGCCUGUGCUCGUUCCUCGGAGACUUGCUGGGAAUGACCAGCGCUUCUGAACUGGCUCGUGAGUCUUUAAAUGAAGGUGAAGCUCUCUCUCCGAGUCCUCUCUGGACUCGUGGUGGUAGUGAAAGCGCUGCCUGGUAGGUGCGGGUGUGCUGGUUUUAGACUCCUGCAAGCGGUCAGAUGGCAAAGAGCAGGCUAUCGAGCAGUAAAUACCACACCCUCGAGAUAAGGAAGGCGGCUGGGGAGGCAGAUCGACCUGUGCGCUCCCAGCGAUCGAGCCCUCCUCAAGCGAGGAGACGGGCAAGACGGGGGACUACCUUCCUUGAGAAACAGGCCCUUCCUCCUGCCUUCUCAGCUGCGGUUUGUUUGCUUAGGUGUCCGCUCGCUAGCUGUGAGCACACGAUCCGUCAUCGCCAUGGUUUCGCAGCCGGUUUAGAAACGCGGCACCCACGUGAACCCUCGUUCCGUUCCCGUCUGGCGUCAGCGCUUCCUCGAGCUGUGGGUAACUCUCUGUUCGUGCCCAAAGCGGCCCGACGCAAGCGCUGUGCUCGGCUGGAGACGGGCCCUGCGGAGCAAGGCGUUCACACCGCCUCCUCGAGCCCGACGCUGGCAGCUCUCUGCCCGGCUCCGCCGUUAGUUACGGGUUGCGGGCCCGAGCUGGGAGGAGGCGGAACAGGGCGCUCACCCUUGUGACAGGAGAGCGUGAAACGGAGCCUGCUGGCUGGAGGAGAAAUCGCUAACGCGGACAGCGAGUGGCUGUGCUCUGCCGUCUCCUCUCCCCGGGGUCCCGAGUGCUCCUGCAGUUCCUCUCCGCCUCGGUGGCUUGGCAAAAGGAGUCGCGCUUUCUGAUUUGGGCGCAACAGGGCUGCUCUGGCCUUCCUCCUGCGAUCCGAGGAUGGCAGCUCGGCGAUGUGCUUUGCUCCGGCGACGGCGCUGCCCGGCCCUGUCCCCUUUGAAUCGGCGCUUGCUGGGAACGUCGCCGGGAAGGCGCUGCUUCCCUCGCGCUCGGCACGGAAAGCCCUUCGAGGGGCUGAAGGGAGCCCCAGCUCCUGCAGGCCCGUGGUGACUUGGACUCGUCGUCUUUUUUCGCUGCCCUACAACAGCCCAAGUCCAGUGAAAGUCCUUUGUGGUGGAGCACAGGAUGGCUUCUGCUGUUAGACCGCCGUGCUGGUGGAUGAGUGUUCCUGCAUCUCCGGCUGGCGGGCCGUGAACCAGGCCUGCGCGGAGCAGGCGUUUCUGAACGGCCACUGACAGCACUGAGUAUAUUUUUAUAAGGAAGUUACAAGUUUAGUUGUUACAAGCCUAGUCGUAAGCAGCUCUGUUUCGUAUGGUUGGGCUGGGGGAGCAGGUUGGUCUCCGUUGCUGUGCCUUUGGGACACGUUGGGUUUUAUUUUUCAGGAUGGGGGUGGGGAGAAGUGAUGGAAAGGGCACGAGGCAUGCGAGCAUCAGGAGAGCAGCUCUGGGUGGGGAGGCAGGGGCCGGCCUGGGGAGACAGGCAUCUCCUGGGUGGCGCUGCAGAAGGCUCCCUGUUAACUGUUCGUAUUUCCUUCUCAAACCAAAGAGCAGUUGUGGCCAAAGCCUCUUUGGAGCAAAAUGUGUUUCUUCUACUCUGUACUUGUGUUGAACUUAACUUCUGGUGUUUCUUUCAAGAGACUUGCAGGCUUCUUUAUGCUGCCUCUACUUGGCUUCAGACGUUACUCGUUGACCAGCAGUACCUAAUGGAGUUACCAUGUUGAAGCUAGUAUUGUAUCAGCCCUUAGUGAGUGCUGAGGGAGUCUGUGGCCAUGGGUUUCUUCAAGACCUUGUUGCAAGCUGUUUGGAGAUGCUCUCUAGGGCUAGAGUAGGGAAUAGUCCUUUCUGGUGGGCUCUUCUCUUCUGGCUUUCCCACGUGGGAAGCAGGCAGUUUGAACAUAAGACACCUUAAAGAAGGCAAGAGGGGAGCGGGUUAGGUUGGCCAAAGGCUGUUUGAAGGCUGUGCAGGAGACACAUCCUGCUCUCUGGCUGCUCUGUGCUUGCUCCCAGGAAGAAGGUAGUCUUUUACCUGGAGAUUUUCAUCAACCUUCUCUUCCCCUUCCCCUACAUACAGGAUGCCUUUAUCUGUGACUUGACUCCUCCUCCUCCACUGUUAUUUUGAUUAUACUUUUGUAAGACCUUCUAGGCUUCUUUGCCCUGUGUUGGAUUCUUCUUUGUAAGUGAUGCUUUGUUUUCAUCUCGUUUCCAUUCUGAUUGCUUGUCUCUGUGAGGUCUCCUCCCCCUCUCCUUCCCCUCAGAUUCCUCAGGCUGGGGCUGGUUCCAGGUGAUACGGGAACCACUGAUAGUGAAGUUGGGUGUUUGGGACUGUGAAUCUCACUGGAAUCCAGUGGGUGGUUUGGCUCCGUCCCCCCAUGAGGCCCCUGUCUCACUGGGCUUGUGUGAUGCUAGGAACGCUCCCGUGGCCUGGCGGUCUUGGCUUUAUUGGGUUGUGUCUGUAGUACAACUAGUCCUGGCAAGUUAGUCUGAGCAAGUGUCCCAUCACAUUGGGGCAGGAGCCGGAGCAGAGCUGUAUGAAACAGGUACUAGGGCUAGAGUUGCCAUUUCCAUUGCCACAUCCCUAAGACUGGGGGUUAAGUCGGUAUAGGGCUGUCAAGUGUUCCUGGGAGAAGUCAUGGAGCUGCCUGGGCUGCAGUUUGGCAGCUGGAUCCCCCUGGGAAUGCCUGCUGAGCUGCUCAGCAGAUCAUGCAGAUGGCUAAACUGAUUUUACUGUGGUGUGGGAAUCCUUGCACUGUUAGGAGGGAGGAGAGCACUUUCUACACUUUCUUUGGGUAUUUACUGUCAAGUCUGGGCUUCAACCAGAGCCUGGGUGUUAAUUAAUGAAGCCAAAAGCCUCUACGUCACUGUUCUUCAGAGCAUGACUCUCUCUGUUGGGUGGUGAGUUACCCUGCGGGAGGGUUCCUGCACACUCGUACAUAACGUUGAGAUGCAAUAAUAACAGGCAAGCAAGAUUCGGGGGGCUACGGCUCUACGUCGGGACUUUGGCAAGCACAGCUUCUCUUCCAAGCUGCGAGGCACUAUGUCCUUCUGCAGCACUUCUUUGGCAGCCAUCUCCAAGCGCUUUCUGGACGCGAAGAAGCUGCUGUCAUGGUGUCCCUGGGGCACUUGCUGAGAGAGCAGGACCUCAGGUUGGAGUUGUACCCUGAGGCACUGUGGGCUUGUCUCUCAAUGCCACUGAGUGGUGGACCUCAGUGAUUUCAGGGGCAGUUCUUCAUUGCUGGGGAGUCUUGUUGAGAUGGAGACCUUGCUGCGGCCCCAGUCAGGUUCCCGGGAGCUCCUCGUGACCUGUGGCUGUGGCUCAGGCCGACUUCCCAGGGCCGUGGGAAGUUGUAGCCAAGGAUGAUGAGGUUUGUGUGGCUCGCAGUGCCUUUAACACUGCUCUCUGUACGUUUCUAAGAUGAUAUCCAUGUACGUGUGUAUAUAUAUUGUAUUAACACAUCCCGCUCUUCUGUGUGAGUGUCAAAUGGUUUUGCUUUACUAAUAAAUUUAUAGUUAUUUAUAC